UUUCGCGAUAGUAGCGCCGAAUUAACUCGCGAACGAUUAGUGGUAACUUUUCGACGUUAGAGAAGAUUUAUGUCGUCUCUGGCUAAGGUCCAUUUCGAAUUCUAUUUUUAUCUAUUUAGCGAUGUGCCAUGUAACAUAACUACCCAAUAUUCGGCGACGGAUUCGGUAAGAUUUGGUAUACGAUUACUGUAAAGUGGGACCUUUCCACCAAGUACAAUAUAGAUCAUCACAUGCAUGAUCACAUUCAAAAUUGAGCCUAAAUAUCUGUCUGCAUAGUCGAACCAAUGGUCAAACGAACAAACUGCUGAAACGCUGCUGAUAAGAAAUUCGAACUUGAACCUGUACAGCCCCCCUGUCACUGCCACCCGCGCCCAAAGGCCCGCAACAUGGCGAUCGACGGUUUGUGCUGUUGAAAACAGGGAAUGUGUGGAAUUCUGUAAAUUAUAAUCCAUGCCAUUUGUCAGCAUUCUUUGAAACGGUGGACCUUUUAAUUAUAGUCAAUUCUAGCUUCCAUAAAUGAAAAUUACCAUUGCGAGCUCCUUGGUCAGAGUUUCAAGUCAAUAAAAAAAUAGUGUGCGUACUUGUGUCUAAGAAAAUACAAGGGAAAACAAUAACAAUAAACCAAAACAAAGGCACACGUUUAAUUCUGGGCAUAUACACACUUGAGGACCAAAUAUGAACUAAAGAAAGGCAAGAAAAAAUGUUUGAAGAAAAGAGGAAAGAAAAGUUUUGACAAUGAGUUAACCAUUGUCGGAAUAAAAUUAUCAUGACUACCCGAACCAACAUGCAGUUUUUGUCAUAGAGGGCCUAUGAAUGCGAAAAUUAAACUAUAUACGAUAAGGUAUAUUACUGGCGUAAAAGUAUACGCAGAGUAAUGAGAAAAGAGUAGCAAAAUAUAGGCACAUACAAUCUAUAUAUAUAUAUAUCGUACAUAUCAUUUGGGACUGUAUUUUUAUGGUUCUUUUUCACUUUCCGUUUUUAUUACUGCCGUUGCAUAAGCAAAAUAGUUAUAUGGUUGCUAGCAGCCCUGAUAAGCUUUACAUACUUGUAAUUCCAAUAUUGAAUUUCAAGUACUGUAAAUGAUAUCCUAACUUUUUUUUGCUUGAGAGUAAAAAUCCGAUACAAGUCAAUAAGCGAGUAGAAAUUGGCUAAGCAGGAAGGAAAUUGUGAGCCUUAAAACAAUUACAUCCUUAUUUUGACUAUGUAUCACACUUCGUAUCCCCCGCACGUGUUGGUGCAAACAAUGGGUGGACAACAGGGAAACGGUCAAUAUCCACCAGCACAAAUGCAUGCUGCUCGCACAAAUGGCACAAAUUCUUUGCAUCAAAUAGAACACAAUCAAUACGUCCACAAUGGCAUCGGAGAAAACAGACAUCGUAUGAUACAGACAGGAUCUUAUCCGCUAGAGCUAUUGCAGCUAAUGGGCGUUGAAAUUCCACCGCUGCGUCGGGCUGGGUACAUCAUGCAGGGCGGAGGGAAUUCCAACAGUGGAUGGCAGAGACGAGGUAACCCCUGUAGCAAUGCACCGACUAUGCCACCUCCGCACUUGAACUUCAGACCAGUCAGCACAGGUUCUAUAAAAAAACCAAACUGGAAUAAUAAAUGUGGAAAACGAAGUAGUUAUCGGGACACCCAGUCUCAAAAUGAAGUUUAUAACAGCGAUAGUGGCUUCAGCUCGCGCUCACCUACACCUAACAAACACCAGACGGACAGCAGUCAGACUGAAAGCUCAGACGAACGUGAUUCCAUAGCAUCUUCUGCUGACCAAGGCAUCAAGAGGCUGCACGAAGUCCAUCCGAUAGCAAAUGGCAUCAAUAAUAAUAACUGUGAUACCAAUAGCAAAAGUAAUGCUCAUGGUGGACUUAUUUCGAGUGCCUCAGCACAUCAAUUUUACCAGAACCAAAGACCCGUCAAUUAUUACCAUAAUACUGUUCCGCCUUCCCGAUCGCAACCACAAAACCACCAGGGUAAAAGAAGAUACCAUUCAGGAAGAAACAGUCCACCUGCACAAAGGGUGCAAAGGGGACGAAAAUUUGCAGGAGUAGUAUUGCCAACCUGUAACAUGUAUCCCAGAUGGUAUAUUGCACCAGAUAGAUUUCUAGCACGAUCGCAUCUCAUUGAGGUGACAAAAAUGCCAGCAAAACUACUGACAGGAUCACAUUGGGAUGUACUAUCGCAAGAUAUUUGGGAGAAGUUUAUGACGCAUCAACAAACGGAAGCCACAUAUCGAAAUAAGAUGAUGCUAUGGAAGUACCUAUAUAUUUAUAUUAAAACAGUAUAUCCAAGGUAUGGGUUAUUUCUAGUUGGUUCAACCAUGAGUGGCUUUGGUUCAGACAACAGCGAUGUUGAUAUGUGCCUCCUGGUAAGACAUACAGAAAUGGACCAAAGAAACGAGGCUAUUGGACAUCUGGAACAAAUAUUGAAGUGUCUUAAACGAUGUGAUUUCAUUGAAAAACUUGAACUGAUACAAGCUAAGGUACCAAUUCUAAAAUUCCGAGAUUCAAUGCAAAGUUUGGACGUUGAUUUAAAUUGUAAUAAUGCCGUUGGAAUCAGAAAUACACACUUGCUGUAUUGUUAUUCACAACUGGAUUGGCGUGUGAGACCUUUAGUUUUGGUCGUCAAGCUCUGGGCGCAAAGCCAAGAAAUCAACGAUGCUAAAAAUAUGACCAUUUCUAGUUAUUCUUUGGUGUUGAUGGUUAUACACUUCUUGCAGUAUGGGGUGAAUCCUCCCAUUCUGCCAUGUCUACAUUCGCUCUACGAGGGCAAGUUCGGUCCUCAUACGGACAUCCAUACAAUUGAUAUACACGAGGAUCUGGGCAUGUCAGGUUCUGGCGCUCUCUCUGCUAAUUCGAUGUCACUUGGUGAACUUCUAGUAGACUUUUUCAAAUACUACGUUACAUUUGACUUCAGCCAAUACGCAAUUUCUGUGCGAACGGCUAACAAGGUGCCAAUUGAAGAAUGUAGACGGGCCCGAUCAUACAAGAAUGAUCCACAUCAGUGGAAAUAUCUUUGCAUAGAAGAGCCCUUUGACCUGACCAAUACAGCGCGCUCAGUUUAUGAUCCAGAUGUGUUUGAACGAAUAAAACAGGUAUUCAAAAAGUCGUAUCAAAUGCUGAAGAAGAAUUACGACCUUAGCAGCAUUUUCAAUAAGUUGGACACAGGGUCGUUGAAUAACACCACGUAGUUUGAAACCUUGCUAGAAAAGAUUUUUGUAGUCAGUAGUUAGGAUAUUUAUUUAUUCGGCUACCAACUUUUUUGGUGGUUCAAGUUCUAUUGGCUCUUUAGCCUGUAUACCCCGGUGGUGUAAAAAAUAAGCCUGGGAUCGAAGAUUACAUUGCGAUCCAUUUUCCACCUGGCAGCUUUAUUUUGUAAUAAAUUUUUACUCGAACGGUAGACUUUUCAAACUUGCGACUGCAUAAUCGUUGAGUUUUCGAUAAGAGGUGUUAAAUUAUUGUUGUAUAGCUAUUGCAAGUGGACCUUGACGCGAUUUAUUACGAGUAAGGAGGUCCUUCUAGUGGACAAUAAUUAAACGUGCAAUAUAAUUUUUGGUAUAUCAACGUUUUCGUGAAUAAAUGUGAUUACAAAACGUCUUCUUAAUUGCGCGAAAGUGAAUUUGAUGGUGCGCUAUAUUCAAUACCUGGUAGACAUUUAUUCUUAUAAAAAAUGGUGCCAAUUCACGAAAUAUGUAUUCAAUAUAAACUAUGGUGCCUUGAUGGUAGCUGUUAUUGGAAAGAGCAACCAAAAAUUAUUUCCAAAGGCACGAGAUUACUAUAAAAAAGAAUAGUGAGAUAGAUGACAAGAGUUUUACCUAUAUGUAUACUUGAUAAGAAUCAAACGCUCAAAGAGUAAGGUGAUUCAGAAAGUACUUGAAAAACAUUUAGUCGCUAAACACAUAUCGCUAAAGGUCAUUAAAUAAUUUACUGAUGUUAUAAUAAUUUUAAAUGAAAAAAAAUUGUUGGUUGCAUUAGUGAGAAAUUUUCUAUGGGAAGAAGUGGCAAUGCGAGCAAAUAAAGGCAACUGCAAAAAAAUUAUAAAAAAUACUCAUCGGAAGUAAGAAAAAAAUCUUAAAAACAUUUGUUUUAUUUAAGUUUCUACUAUUAAUAUUGUAUCCCAUAAUAACUUUGACGGACAUGUAAUGCUUUGCCUAUACGUAAAAUAUGCGCGAUAAUCAGCAUUGGUUAAUAGCGAAUAGUCGAAAACAU